AUGGAUCAGCCUUCCCCUCAGUUGGUUACUCUUCUACAAGGCAAACUUGGACAGUUAAUAGGAAAAUCUUCAGGCUAUAUUGAAAACUUGCCGGAAGACGUAAAAGCUCGGAUCAAUAGCUUAAAGUACUAUCAAGCUGAACAUGCAAAGCUGGAAGCAAAAUUUCAAGAAGAGAUCUUGGCACUAGAAAAGAAAUAUUUAGAAUUAUACAGACCUUUAUAUGAAGUACGUUCCAAAAUUGUUCGUGGGGAGCGUGAACCAACUGAAGAGGAAAUUCAGGCUGGAGCAAAACUUGAUGAGGAAGAACAAGCAAAAGAGGAGCAUAUGGUUAGCGAAGAAAAUAAAGUACAGGAAAUUAAUGAGCAAGAUAAAGGCAUUCCAGAAUUCUGGCUUACUGCAAUGAAAAAUUUAAUUUCAAUUGCAGAAAUUAUUACUGAUCGUGAUGAAGAUGCAUUAAAGCAUUUGGUUGACAUACGAAUGUCAUAUCUUGAAAAACCGGGAUUCCGACUCGAUUUCGAAUUUGAAGAGAAUCCAUAUUUUACGAAUACUCUCUUAACAAAAACAUAUUACUAUCAAGAGGAACCAGGUUAUGGAGGUGACUUCGUUUAUGAUCAUGCUGAGGGUACACAAAUCGAUUGGAAAGAUGGAAAAGAUCUUACUGUUACAGUGGAAACGAAAAAACAAAAACACAAAGGUACUAACAAGACUCGUGUAGUAAAAACUACAGUACCAGCCGAGUCAUUCUUUCAAUUUUUCAGCCCGCCUACUGAGCCAGAUGAUGAUGUUAUUGACGACGAUGAUGAUAAUCUGGAUGAACGACUUGAAAUGGAUUAUCAAAUUGGAGAAGACAUAAAAGAAAAACUUAUUCCUCGUGCUGUAGAUUGGUACACUGGCAAAGCAUUGAAAUAUGAAGAUAUUAUUGAUGAAUAUGAUGACCCUUUCCUCGUUGGCGAAGAUGAUGAUGACGAUGAUGAUGAUGACGAUGAUGAUGACGACGAUGACGACGAUGACGAUGAGGACGGGGUAAAUAAUAAAUUUAUUUAA